GCGCCUGUUGGCCGAUUACUUAAAGCCGUCGGCGGUAAUUGUGUUUUGCCUCCUGUUUACGGUCACUUAACCGAUAAACUUGUAGUUCACAGGUUCUGACUUUCACAUCCAGUCUGUCAUUAUAUUUUAACGGUUACACUCAAAGACCGCUCAACUACGUCGGCCAAAUUAGCUACGGAUUGGUGAUGGCUCUUGUGGUACGGCACCCAAAGAAGAGCUGGCUCUUUUGGCUCCCAAAUCGCUCUUAAUAUAUUACGAUCUGUAGCCUCAUAUUUUAGCUUUAUUUGGCAAAUUUGAUGGGAGUUGGCUCUUCUGAUUAGAGCCGAUGCUUUUGCGCAUGACACGUCACUACUACCGAUGCUGUUUCCAUGGUGAUGAAACUGCACACUCUGGUAGAAGCAAGACUGUGGUGCAGUUGUCAUUAGCAGGUUCUUGUAAAUGUCUUAAUCAAUGACUUGACAUAAAAAGAAGAUGUCUUCCACGGGGUCCCAGUCCUCUGAGCCCCAGAGCUAUAGGCUUUCCGUCAAUAGUGGCACUAACGUUUUACGAUACCAUUCCACAGCGAAAGAUAGAACAGCAACAGCGGCAGGAACUGGAACCGCUGAUCCCCAUGGUACCCCUCUUCGGUUGAGAUUCAACAGUGUGACGCUGGACGAGCUGAGUGAUGAGCUUGAUCGCCGCACCAAAGAAACCCAAAGACUACAAGAAGAGGUGGAAAAUGCAACUAAGGUGGUUCUGGAGAGAUUUGGCGGCAGCUGUAGGUCACCUGGACAAAGCUGCCAUGAUAUUAAACCUCAUACCUAUGACUCUCUUGGAGAUUCCUCCUUUCUUUCAACCCACCAGCAGGCAGUGACUCAGCCUUUGGUCUUUGGUCUGGAUAUUUUAAACCAGGAAGUAGCCCAAAGGGACAUCAGCUCUCCUGGAAAGGAGGUGUUAGAAAAUGCAAUGGAUGACUGCCUUCAGCAGCUGUCAGACUUGCAGCUCAACAAGACAGUUAAUCAAGCUGAACAAGAAACAUGCUGUCCUCAGAAAGCCAUCACAAACCUGAAAACUGAGCUUCAUAAAGUCCAGAUGAAGAAUGAUGCCCUGUCUGACCUGAGAUUAAAGGAUUCGAGGAAACACGUUGAUCAGAUGGAAAAGAUGCUGUGCUUGUUGGAAGAGCUUCAGAAACUCAAAAGGUCGAGGGACAAGAAGCUGCAGGAGAUGGAGAAUGAGGCAGUCGUGCUUAAUAGGAAAGUUGAAACAUUGGAGCAGACCAUAAAGGAGGUGUAUCAUACAUUGGAUGGGAAACAAUCUGAACACUCAGUCACCGGCACUAAACAUGGGAACCGCGAAACGCAGCAAUUUUUUCCUAAUGAACGACUGAACGACAAGCUACAGGGGAGGCCUUUUUUGUCAGAAGAUCAGAUAGGGAACAAGGAAUACAGUGGAGCAAUUGAACAGGAAAGACUGGAACACCUCAUUUCAACUCUUGGCCAGGAGAUGGCGAUGUUGACUGACAUACUGAGCUCAUCAAAAGACAACAGCUUCAACUUGUGUGCCAAAGUGGAGUUGCUCAAAAAACUCACCGAGAGACCGCCCUCAUUGCACGAGUAUCAGGCCAGAGAAUUGGAGUCAACCAUUUCCAGCCUUAAAGAUAAGAGGUGCUGUGACCAGCAGCAGUGUGAGCUCCAGGAGGGAUUAAAGGUCCUUCGGGGGCAGCUGAAGGUGACUAAGGAGCAGCUUCACCAAGCUGGGGAGGAGAAAACCCGCCUAGAGGCCCUGCUGGAGCAGAGGGACCAUGAGGGAAGGAAAUCCCAGGAACUCCUGAGUGAGAAAGACAAAGAACUCCACUUAAGGCAACAAGAAACUCAUCAACAUCUUAACAGGUUUAAAGAGGCUCAGAGUCAGUGCCAGACCCUGCAGAUAGAACAAGAGACAUUGAAGCUGAAGCUGAGUGACAGAGAGAAGACAAUAGAUCUUCUCAAGUUCCAGAUCAAGAGCAGCAUCCAGAUGACAGUCCAAUACAGCCGCACCAUCGAUGAUCUUCAACAGGAGAACAGCCUCCUCAGCAACCAGCUCAACCAGCACAAGCUGGAGAUGCAGCAGCUAAGGGCUGAGGUAGAUCGCCAUAAGUCACACCUGGCGGCUUUAGAGCAUGAGAGACGACAGCUCGAGGCCUCUGUGGCUGAGCAGAGCCAGCGCAUCCGGGAGGAGACUCUGGAGAAACAGCAGCUUACCACCCUGCUGGAACUGCGACGUGUGCAGUUAGUCAGCCUUACUAAGGAGCACAAGGAGCUGCAACGGCUGCACAGCUGUAAGAACGAGGAGCAUGAGGGUGUGGUGCUGAAUCUUCAGAGUCAGAUAAGGAACGCCCACGAUGAGCUAGAUCAGAUCCGGAGCACCUUGGGGACCCUCAAAGGGGCUGACGGACAUGGCCUCCAGGUAGCCUUGGACAUGCAGAAGGAGAUAACUGCCAGGAGAGAGCAGGUGGACUCGAUGCAGAGCAAAAUUCAACAUCUGGAGGAGAAAGUGGAGAAGCUGCAUCACGAGAAAGACUACCAGAACUUGGAGACCCAGCGUCAGCUCCAGGAACUCACCUUUGUCAGGGAGGAGAAGAGACAACUUGCCAACGAGCUCGAGGUGCUUCGCUCCAAAGAUCAACAGUUAACAGAUAGGAUCAGUGAGCUGGAGGCAAUCCUUCACAAGAUGUCGGAGAGCUUUGCAAACUGUCAGGAUUUUAUCCAGCUGCGGGAGCAGGAAUAUUUCCGCUUAAAACUACAGCAUGCCCUCGACUUGAAGGAGCUCCAAGGUCAAAAUCUGCACGCAGCUCUGAAAGUGUGUCCACCUGAUCUGGACUCCCUGAUCCCAUCUGCACACACUGCUCCACCUUCCUCCCAGCAUGCCUUCAACGCCCAGAUGAAGUCAAGGAGGCAGCUGGAGAGCCCCGCUUGUGAGCUCAGAUCUCUUGACAAAAUCCUGCGAGGAGGGAUUUUGGAGAACCCUGGACCACACACCGAUAACAGCAUCACUGGCAGCAGCUUCCACAGGAGGAGGUCUGCACCAGAGAGAGUACACAGAACCGCAUUAACUGAUCACGGCGAUACUGGAUACAAACUGAGGAGAAAUACCUUCAGCAGCGAGCUAUGUUUCCUGAAGACAGCUGAACCAGAUGAGAAAAUAAUCAAGUCCUUCAGUCAGAGCAAUUUUAUGUUGAUACCAGAGACUGCAGUGAGGGAUACUUCCUCACCACCGCUACUCACACUGGGUCGCAGGUCACCAGUCCACUCUCUCCUGACCUCUGACCCAAACAACUAACAGACACGCCAAAAUGCUCCCGAACCUCUCUUCUUUUAUCAAUACCUAAUUUUUCAAAGGUCACAAGAAUGAACUCUGACAGCAGAAGGUUUUGAAAAAACAAUCAGCUGUAUUAUCAUGUUUAAAUAAAGUGCUUGAAAAAUG